AUGAAUCGACGGAGACUACCGACAUUUUUUCUCAUUCAAUGUUGUUUGAUACUGCCAAACGGCGGAAAUGCCUUUGUUCCAUGUAUGGCUCGACCUUCCGUUUUCCCAGUACCAGCACCUGAAUCAUCACCGGAUAUUAACACCCCGACGACUUCAGGUCUUCCCAAACGCCCAUCUGCGCUUUUUUACAAUCCACUGGAGUUUGACGACGAAUCCGAGGGAAAGGAAGGACGUAUGGAAUCGGUGCGACGACUUCAAAAGUCUUAUUAUGUCAAUGAGCCUGGAUUCGCACCUCUGCGGCAUGGCGUGCUUUCGAGCUUGCCCCUUUGGAUGGAAGACUAUACCGAACUCCCAGGAUUGCAACGCGUAAUGGAUGUUAGGGAUCCACAGCUGAUAAAUCUAGUGCUAAAGAUCGUGGCUGGACCAAAGCCCUGGUAUUUUGGACAUGUCAACAAGGAAGAUAGUGAUUAUGACGACGACAAUUCUUACGAUGAUGACGAAAUUUUGGAUUCCACGAUUGGAACCUUGAUGCAAAUAUCAGAUUAUUCCCUGGUUAAAGCCACUGGCAUUCUGGAGAUUGGAGUCCAAGCCCUGGGACGAUUUUGUGCCAUUGAGGGUACGACUCUCAAUGUGGCGGGAAUGAAGCAAGUCGGAGUCGAACUAUUGCCGGAUCUCGAGUUGGUGGAAGCCCACUAUCACAGUGCCAAGGAGGCCAUUGCAACCUUUGACUUGGCAUUGAAUCAAAAUGCAAAGGGGGCAGCAUGUGCGGGGGCUGUAGCUGAGGCGGCCGAAUGGCACGAAUACGAGUUUGAACCCAUGAAGUUGAAGGCAAAGAAUGGAAAUGCGGAUCAGGGGGUCUCUCGGUUGAAUGCCAAGGUGGAAUCUUCUUCUAAUACUGUGGUGUCAGACGCCAUGGAGGAAUAUCUGAUCCAAUCGCCAGAUGAUGCGCACGAAGGGGAAUGCAUGCUGAGUUUUGAUGACGACGAAGAAAAGGACGGCAGUUUGGAAGUUAGCGAGUUACCUCCAUUGGAAGAGACGACAAUGAUGAUCCAAACCUUUGGAUUGGAAAGAGAUGUGUGGAUCCAGCUAGACACUCUGCUGCACUACUUGCGUCUACUGGACCCCAAAACAAACACCAACAUGCCUAUUCCAUCACAGAUAUUGGCCCUACUUCCCAAAGAUCCACCAAAGCCGUGGCCCAAGACCUUUACCUUGACCAAAUACAAUCAAAAGAUGAAGAAUCUACAGUCACUAGUAUCACGGAACAAAUCCAAGUUGAUGCUAGACAAAAAGAUAAAGUUGGAUACCAUGGAAGCCGCUUCGGAUUAUCCAGCACUCCGACGGAGUCGACGCCUCAGUUACACAGUGUGGAUUCUAGUGGAGGAUUUGAUGUCCGCGUACAGUGAUCUAAUCGGCACACAACGCAUGAUAUUGUCAAGACAGGACAUCUUGGAGAUGACAAGCAUCUCCCAACGCUUGUUCCUGGCUAGGCGGAAACUGGAGGAGAUAAACACUGUUUUGUCCAAAGUGGUGGGCGACGAAGAAGUAUAG